UUUUUUUUCAGGCUAAGUAUGAGUGCGCGUUUUUUACAGAAAGUGUUUACCCGUUCAAUCAGCGUGAACAGAAACAGUCGCUUACUGAGUGAAAAGCUAGCUGUUCACAGAGAUACGCCCGAAAACAAUCCCAAUACACCAUUUAAAUUCACACCAGAGAAUGAGAAACGCAUUCAAACUAUACUCGCAAAUUAUCCUGAGGGACACAAAGUGGCUGCUGUGAUCCCAAUUUUGGACCUAGCUCAAAGGCAAAAUAGAUGGCUGCCGAUAUCGGCGAUGAACGAAGUUGCUCGCAUUUUGGAUAUGCCUAAAAUGCGAGUAUACGAGGUAGCCACGUUUUACACGAUGUUUCAGCGCGAGCCAGUCGGAAAGUUCCACCUUCAGCUAUGUGGAACCACGCCUUGUGAGCUCUGUGGGGCGAACGAUAUCUUGGCAACCAUUGAGACGAAGCUGGGAAUAAAGCCAGGUCAAAUGACGAAAGACAAACUGUUCUCCCUCGAGAUUGUCGAAUGUCUCGGAGCUUGUGUGAAUGCGCCUAUGAUUCAAAUUAAUGACGAUUAUUACGAGGAUCUUAAAUGCUCAGAUAUGGAAAGAAUUUUAGACGAGCUGGCUGCUGGAAAGAAGCCAUUGAGUGGUCCUCAAAACGGAAGAUACGCAGCAGAACCAUUAACUGGCCUAACCAGUCUUACGAAUCCGCCGACUGGACCUGGUUUUGGAGUGAGAGACGAUUUGUGAAGUAUAAAUGUAGAGAUGUUAACAAAACUAACUGAAAUAAUUUAGAAAUCGAUAAUCUGAAGUGACGUUUUAGUGAGAAAAAGAGUUAAUUGACUAUCUGAGUGGUAAA